GGGCCGCGGGUGCUGCCGGGAAGGGCAUACGUGCGAGAAGGCAGGUUCGGGGCCGCAAGGAUGACCGCUCAGCAAGUUUUCCCACUUUCCUGUGUGGUGCAGCAGUAUGCCUGGGGGAAGAUGGGUUCCAACAGUGAAGUGGCUCGGCUGCUGGCCAGCAGUGACCCACUGGCCCGGAUCUCAGAGGACAAGCCAUAUGCAGAGGUGAGACCUGGGCUGUAUUUCACCCCACUUUACCAGCAGCUGAGACCAAGGGACGUCUCCACUCGGAGAGCCUGAGAUGUGGAUGGGGACCCAUCCCCGGGGAGAUGCCAAGAUCCUUGACAACCGCAUCUCACAGAAGACCCUAGGCCAGUGGAUUGCUGAGAACCAGGACAGCUUGGGUUCAAAGGUCAAGGACAUCUUUAAUGGCAAGCUGCCCUUCCUCUUCAAAGUGCUCUCAGUUGAAACAGCUCUGUCCAUCCAGGCACACCCUAACAAGGAACUGGCUGAAAAGCUGCACCUCCAGGCUCCACAGCACUACCCCGAUGCCAACCAUAAGCCAGAGAUGGCCAUUGCCCUUACCUCCUUCCAAGGCUUAUGUGGCUUCCGGCCAGUUGAGGAGAUUGUGACCUUUCUAACAAAAGUGCCUGAGUUCCAGUUUCUGAUUGGAGAUAAUGCAGCAACACAGCUGAAGCAGAGCAUGAGCCGUGACUCCCAGGCCACGGCGUCUGCUCUGCAGAGCUGUUUCUCUCACCUGAUGAAGAGUGAGAAGAAGGUGGUAGUGGAGCAGCUCAACCUGUUGGUGAAGCGGAUCUCCCAGCAAGUGGCUGCUGGAAACAAUAUGGAGGACAUCUGCGGGGACCUCCUGCUGCAGCUGCACCAGCAGUAUCCAGGUGAUAUUGGAUGCUUUGCCAUCUAUUUCCUGAACCUGCUUACCCUGAAGCCAGGGGAGGCCAUGUUUCUGGAGGCCAACGUUCCCCAUGCCUACCUGAAAGGAGACUGCGUGGAGUGCAUGGCAUGUUCAGACAACACAGUGCGUGCUGGCCUGACACCUAAGUUCAUCGAUGUUCCAACCCUGUGUGAGAUGCUCAGCUAUACAUCCAGCCCCAGCAAGGACAGGCUCUUUCUUCCAACACGGAGUCAGGAAGACCCCUACCUCUCUAUUUAUGAUCCCCCAGUGCCAGACUUCACUGUUAUGAAGAUGGAGGUCCCUGGCUCCAUCACUGAAUACAAGGUCUUAGCGGUGGAUUCUGCCAGCAUCCUCCUAAUGGUACAGGGGACAGUGACAGCCAGCACUCCCACAGCCCAGUCAACAAUCCCCCUGCAGCGUGGCGGGGUGCUCUUCAUUGGGGCCAAUGAGAGUGUCUCAUUGAAGCUCACUGUGCCUGAGGACCUGCUGAUAUUCCGUGCCUGCUGUUUACUGUAGAAGCCACAGCCUUCUGGCUCUCUUCUGCAAGUCACCCUAAAUCCUAGUCAGCCUCACCUCCGACCCAGGCCAAACCCCUUCCUGCUCUGGACUCUUUGGGUACACCCUGGAAGAGCUGGGGUAGAGGAGUGAGCUUGAAGGUAUGACUCCUGAGCAGACCUAGGCUGAUCCAUCUUCUUCCUGGGAGGAGGGACCCAUGUGAGGACUAAGGGCUGACACUCCCCCUUGUAUUGUUGCCACACCUGAGCCAGGCUCUCCUCAACACAGGAGGCAGCAGCUCUGUUCCAGCCUACAGCAUUAGGCAGGCUGGUGAAAUCUAUGAUUAGCUCAGCAUCAGUCACAGCAAGAGGGUAGGUAAUUAAUUUCUAAGAACAGGGUUCUGGCCCUGAGACUGCCCAUUUCCUUAGGUGCAGAGGAGGAGAAAGGGUAAGCCUGUGGACUGAUAAAUUGUUCUUCAUCACCCUCUUGUUCUGUCAAAGCAAUUAAAGAUCACUUGUGUAGAGGCUGUGGGGUAAAGAGCACUCAGCCUUUGGCAUUCUAGUCUCUGAAGUGGGCUGAAAGAUGCCUCCCUGGAUGUUAUCCAGCUUCUGCUUUAUUCCUGCUUCACACAGCUUCCUCAAGUGGGCAGGGUGGACUCCAGAGCCCUUUUAUGGGAAGGUGUGGGAGAGGCAGCUGGCUUCAGCCUCAGAUGGAGAGCUUUCAGACAAGCCUUGGGCCCUCCAACCCUGCAGACAGUGAAAGGUGGGUCUAAAGAUACUAUGCAUUGUCAGUGCAAGCUGCUUCUCUCUAGUGUUUCAGUUGGCUCUAGGGCACGGAUCAGCAAGCUAAGGCCAGCAAGCUGGAUCUGGCCACACCCAUUUGUUUACAUCCUGUCCGGCUGCUUUCAGACUAUAAUGGGAAAGUUGGAUAGAUGUGCCAGACUAUGUGGCCUGCCAAGCCAAAAGUAUUGACUGGCCCUUCAUAGAGAAAGUUUUGUCAAGCACUUCUCUAGAGCACAUUCAGUCAUUCUAGAUAGAAGGAAGGACCCGGGGACAGACCGAUCCAAUUCUCAUUGUGAAGAGAAACCUAGCUACUUUUUCUAAACUGGCUGCGGAGUACCUAGGAGAGCAUCUAGUCUCCCUUUUCCUACCCUCUUGAGGUGGGACACACCUCCACAGGAGGCUGCACAGCUGUCUGCUUUGCCACUGAAGUUUCUGACUGGUAGUCUUAGAUCCUGUCACCCCAGACUAAGCAGAGACCUAGGCUAUUGGCUCCUUCCUGUGAGGUAAGGGUUUAGACUGGCACAAAAGGAUCUUUCUGAGCUGCUGCCCACAGUAGACCCCCUGUACAAUGUAAUUCCUUCAAAAAAGUUCUGAUCAAUCUGUUCUGUUUUUAUUGGCUUCCAAAUUUUCUUCAGCUAAAAAAUAAAAUAAAAUGACCUGGGAAGAAAGGGUCUGCUAAAGGGAA